AUGAAGGGGAAAAUCCUCAAGAAGCUCAAAACAAUCCGACCAGCUGAUUAUCUGAAGCAGGAUCGAGUUCUUCAGAUCAAGGCACUUAACGGGUAUGUUGAAUCUUUUACGAACAGUUCGAGUUUCAAUCUUAAGGACCUGGUUGUUUCCCAAGAAAAUGAGCCCAGAAAGGCUGAGGUACAAGAAUGUGAGGUGAUUGAUGUGUCUCAACAAAUGAGAGAUCUUGAAGAAGGGUACAGUGACGACAAGGAGAACACUGGGCCUCCAUGUCUGAGAUCAAAAGAACAAGAUACGUCAAGAUCAUCCAAACCCCCUCCGUUAGCAGAGAUUGACAUCUCGUCUUUCCGGCGACCCGACAUGAACUCUGAAAGCCUAUUUGACCCGCUUUUGCUGGCAGCAUUUGAGCAAGCAGUGAAGGAACAUGUAGAACUGAGAAAAUCAGCAGAGAAAAUUGAAUUUUUUGAAGAGCGAGUAGAAGAAAAAGAAGAACGAGAAGAAGAAGAAGAGCUACCAUGGAAGCUUCUGGAGGUAUUUGAAGAGAAGUGUCCGCCUGGGGGGAAUGACUCUGUAAUUCUCUACACAACAACAUUACGGGGAAUCAGAAAGACAUUCGAGGACUGCAACAAGAUCCGCUUUCUAUUGGACAGCUUUAAGGUUGUUUACAUUGAAAGAGACACAUCAAUGCACAUGAAGUUCAAGGAAGAGCUAUGGAAUAUUCUAGACGGAAAGCCUCUGCCUCCAAGGCUGUUCGUGAAAGGAAGAUACAUAGGAGGAGCAGAGGAAGUUCUAAAUUUGCAUGAACAAGGAAGGUUUAAACCAUUAUUGGCAGAAAUCCCACUGAGAAAUUCUAACACUUCAUGUGAAGGAUGUGAUGGGGUUCGAUUCAUGAUAUGUUUCAGCUGUAAUGGGAGCCAAAGGAUCAUAAAGGAAGAAGACGAUGAAGAGAAACAGAGCAAUCAAUGUUCGGAUUGUAAUGAGAAUGGUUUGGUUAUUUGUCCCUAUUGCUGCUCUUAGUUGAACAUAAUAUUCUUAUUAUUAAUCUUGUAUGUAAUUUCGUUUCUGGGAUUCUUUCAAUUCUUUUUUGCUGGGGUCAUGAUGGAUGGUUGA